CCCCCCGCGGGAGGGACGGGGCUCCGCGGGGCCGGGACGCGCCGGUGGCCGCCGCCCGGCAGCGGCGGUGCGCGGAGCGGCCCCCCGAGGCCGGCCGCCGGGAGGAGGGAGCGGCGGGGCGCGGGAGUCGGCGCUGCCCGCCCGCCCGUCCGCCGGCUGCGCCCCAGCGGAGGAGCAUGCACUGACUCGCUGCCUCGGCUCAGAGCCAUCCCAGCCGCCGGGGUGCGCGUUGCAUGGUGUGGGGAUACACGGUCUCGAUAAUAAAUGAUAGAGGAUACAAUGACUUUGCUGUCUCUGCUGGGUCGGAUCAUGCGUUACUUCUUGCUUAGACCGGAGACCCUGUUCUUGCUGUGCAUCAGCCUGGCCCUGUGGAGUUAUUUCUUCCACACGGAUGAGGUGAAAACCAUUGUUAAGUCCAGCAGGGAUGCGGUGAAGAUGGUGAAGGGCAAGGUGGCCGAGAUCAUGCAGAAUGACAGGCUCGGGGGGCUAGACGUGCUGGACGCAGAGUUCUCCAAGACCUGGGAGUUCAAGAGCCACAACGUGGCUGUCUACUCCAUCCAAGGCCGGAGGGAUCACAUGGAGGACAGGUUCGAAGUAAUCACUGACCUGGUGAACAAGACUCACCCCUCCAUCUUCGGGAUAUUUGAUGGGCAUGGAGGAGAGGCAACAGCAGAAUAUGUGAAGUCCCGUCUGCCUGAAGUCCUAAAACAACAUCUUCAAGACUAUGAGAAAGACAAGGAGAACAGUGUGCUGUCUUACCAAACCAUCCUGGAACAGCAGAUUUUAUCAAUUGAUCGAGAAAUGCUGGAAAAAUUGACUGUAUCCUAUGAUGAAGCAGGUACAACUUGUUUGAUCGCACUGUUGUCAGAUAAAGAACUCACAGUGGCCAACGUUGGUGAUUCGCGAGGAGUCUUGUGUGACAAGGAUGGGAAUGCUAUCCCCUUGUCACACGAUCACAAGCCCUACCAACUGAAAGAGAGGAAGAGGAUUAAAAGAGCUGGUGGUUUUAUCAGCUUUAACGGCUCCUGGCGCGUUCAGGGGAUCCUGGCCAUGUCCCGCUCGUUGGGAGAUUACCCUCUGAAGAACCUGAAUGUUGUCAUUCCUGACCCUGAUAUUCUUACCUUUGACCUGGACAAACUGCAGCCAGAGUUCAUGAUCUUGGCGUCGGAUGGUCUGUGGGAUGCUUUCAGCAACGAGGAAGCUGUCCGAUUCAUCAAGGAACGCUUGGAUGAACCACACUUCGGUGCAAAGAGUAUAGUUCUACAGUCCUUUUACAGAGGAUGUCCUGAUAAUAUAACAGUGAUGGUGGUGAAGUUCAGGAAUAGCAGCAAAACAGAAGAACAGUAAUUACUAGUGGUUCUCUGCCUCACUCUGAACUUAAAAGAAACUCCUACAUUUUAAACAUAGUAGAAAGCUCUAGUAAAUACCGUUAAGAUUCUACACAAAAGGAACAGAUCCCUCUGGUCUUUGUUCUUUGCUUAACAAAAGGAGCAAUACAACAAAUACAUUCUGAGUGAUUGUAAGAAUUAAGUUUGUUCACAUAUACCUGUUUCCUGUGACCUUGCUGCUCCUUAGAAACUAACUGUAAUCUUCCAUUUCAGAAUUUUCUUUACAAAUCCUCUGUAGACUUUUCAUUUGAUCCCUUACCUCUCAUUUCUAAUUGUCAAAGGUUCGUUCAGAUGCACAGCAGGGUCAGGGCAGUGCUGCCGCUUAAUAGCAAGUGAUAGGAAUGAUGCUGCUUUUCACUCAUAGGUGUGACUCUUCAGAAUGAUGCUCUUGCGUUUCUCAUCUCUUUUCUUUUUUAAUCUGCAGUGAUAAGGUUGUAUAGGAAAAGGUUUCGAUUAUUGGCCUGUUAUUGAUAUGAAGGAGGAAGAGGAGGCAACUAUUAGCCUGCUACCACAGAACUGGCUCUCUCGCUUUGUUUAACCUCCCCCUCCACCCCUUAAAUAAAUCCCUGCCAAGCAUGUGAUUAGGUAUAGUUACUGAAUUACCUGAAGCCACAUGUUUAUUCAGUCUGUGCGUUACUCUAAUAACAUUUCUUCUAUGCCAUGUUGUAUUCAAACCAACUAACGUUCAACUUACUUCGAGGUCUGACACCUUCUGUAUCAAAAAAUAGCUCUGUUGUGAUAGAAGAAAGUCUGUCAUUCACCAAGACUCACCCUUACAUUAGUUUUUUGGCAUGGACUUUUCAUAGGCAUGUAGAGAAAGUAAUGCAAGAUAAAAUUAAUUCCGUUAGUGACUGUUUGGAAAACUAAUCAAGACAGGGCAUUCCUUAGAGCUACCUAGAUGGAAGUCAAGCCUAUUAAAGACUUCCUUGUACCACUGCAGAUUAAUUUGUGGUGUUAAUCCAGGGGAAGACCACUUUAGAACCGUUUUUUGGUAUAAUGUAUAAAUGCCAGGCAGUGUCAUUGCACUGUAGAGAUGAAAGCUUGUGUUAAAUCUAGAUAAAAAUAUGUUUAGAUCUAACUUUCAGUAUUUAAUUGUAUAUCCUGAUCUGUGACUACUGUAAGUUUAAACAAUGACGGUCUGAGUUUGCUCUACAUCUGAUAACUUAGUUGGCUGCUUCAUGAACGAGAGGCAGCAGAAGCAGAGUGACAGGGUGAUGCAUGUUAGAGGAACAGAGCCAGGGCCUGAGUUGGAGGUUAGUAUUUUGGAUGGCUUGCUUACCCGUAUCGUGUCUUAUAACAAUCCUUGGGAUUCUCUCCCCACAAAACGUGGUCCUGGACGAUCCCCUGAGGUCUCUUGUCUUCAGGGUGACGGAGGUUGUCAGUAUUUGGGCCCUGAGGUGAAUCAUGGAUAUGACGCAUUAACUAACUUUGUGUCUGUUUCUUGGGUAGAGAUACAAUAUUACCUAGCUAAAAAGUUAACCUGUUUCUCAUCACCCACCUAUAGCCCUUUCUGGGCAAGUGGCUUGCUGGUCCCUAAAAUACUGUGAUGUGUUGUGGUUGUGCUGAAUGGGCGUGUGUCUCUGAAGACGAAAACGAAAGAGCAAAAAUUCUUCUUUCUGCUCAAGAAGGAA